AUGAUCAAAAGACAUUUCGCGACUAAGAGCCUCGUUAUAACGAUACAUUACUUAUUAAAUCAAGACGUUUCGCAGCCAACUGUCACGAGUGUAGAGAGACAAAUUCAACUCCAUUUGGAACUGUUCCGGGCCGCGAUGAAACUUAAUCCACGCCAGCAACGCGCCGGAAACCCCGUGCAGUGGGUGCCCCACCACCCCGUUCCU